AUAGUAAUAAUAAUAUAUGAAUAUGAAUGGCAGCAAAAUAUAUGUACAAUUUUGUUGCUUUUAUUUUAUAUAAUAUUAUUUUUGCUAUUUGUAUAAAAAUCCAAAUGGCUAAUGAUCAGAUUUGAUCAACUUUGCAACCUUUAUAACCAAGGCUUUAGCGUUUUUUUGAACUACCCUUCCUUUGCUUGAUUACCAUUUGUUAUUUUUUUUUUUUUUUUCUUCCCUUUUUGUUUCUUAUUACGAAUUAGCACGCACAGUUUUUAGAAGUUGCCAAUGGUAGUAACCACUUCGAAAAGUUAGCCAUUGCGCGCAGUAUAUAUAUGUAUAUAUGUAUAUGUAUAUAUAUAUGUAUAUACAUGUAUGUAUAUGUAUGUAACUUUUUUUGGUAAAAGUCGAGCAUUAUGAAGCGUAUUAGAACAGUUCUCUAAAUUUUUGUUAACAAUUAUUUCUAAUACCAUGAAUUAUCUGAAAGUGUUAAUUUGUGCAAUAGUUUUGCUCUUUCUUUACGCCCAAGAAUUAAAUGCCUUGCGAGGAAAGAAGAAGGAGAUAAUUGUGUUGCCAAAUUACGAUGACCUGUUUUUGCGAAAUGGUGGGUACAAGAUAAUUCUACCACAUGAAUAUGUAGACAAUAACAAUUUGGACGAAUCCCUUUUGCGCAUGAUUAAAAUUACAAGGAACAAAUUUAAAAGAAUAAAAAAAUCCAAAACUAGACUUCGAGAUAAUUGCUACCAUUUGGGCCUGCACCUUGGCUUGCGUAUUUUACACCAUCUUACUGUUUUAACCUUUCGAAUGAUGAAUCUGCAUAUGAAAAAGCAAGCCAGGCGUAGGAGUAAGGCGAAGAGUAAAAAUUUGCCUCCGCCUUAA